AUGUUGACCUCGCCACUUCGAAUCAGUUUCCUGAGAUACGACAGGAGUACAUCAGCAACACAGGCUCACCGACCUGUGAAUAGGCAAAGUGACUCUAACGACAUCUGCAGUACUGCCUAUGCCGCAUUAAGGCUACUCGCAAGUCAGGACCUGGCCUCUGAACGUCGUUGCCGGGAACGACUGGAGACGUCUGUGAACAAACACAUGGCUCUGUCAAAAGCGUUGGAAAGGACGAGAGCCGUCUCAAUCACUCCAAGAAGCGCGCAACAAACUUCUACUGCAGCGCCAGCGCAGGCUGCACAAGCAUCACAGACGGCAAUGGUGCAGUGUCCUCCAGAAGUGCCACCUGCAUUUGCACCUGCGAAACUUCCACCUCCAUCCCUUGCAGCGCAAACUCCAACAGCUUUUGAAGCAGCCGCACCUGUGGAGUUGCCGGAGAAAGCCGAUACUGUCCCAAAAUCUGCUGAUCAGCCUGAGCUCAUGUUGACGUCCCUGCCUGCCCAGCCGAGCACACAAGCCGAUGCUGUAGAAAGCCUGGCUCCAGCACUUCCAGCCAGUGCUGCUGCUACACUUGCAGAUGACAUGAUGGAGAGUCUAGAGCGGCAAGAUCCUGCGCCAAAUGGUUCCGCCACGCCACGACAGUCAAGGGCUCUUCUUGGUCGCAUGCGACGAUCUUUGCGGGGAUAG